ACACAAGUGCACGAGCUAGCCGACCCUCCCACUAGGGCCGAUCCACUCCACUCCGUGCUGGUGGUAGCUAGUGGCCAAAGUCCAAAGAUACUUCCUUCUUCCUCCAGCUUCGCCUCCCUAGCUAACCACCACUGCUUACCCCCAAAUAGUUAGCUCCAACUGUCAUUUCAAGAGCUUCUCCGUCACCCUUGCCAUAAUUGAUAAGCCUCAUAUUCCUUGUUCGACACACGUACAUACAUUUAAAUUUGUUGGUGCGAAGAAUUGGGUUCGAGUCCGGCGAUGGCUUCUUCGAUGAUGAGUUGGUCGGCUUCAGCUAUUAUCAGUCUGUCAUUCGUGAUCCUAUCAUUCUUUCAAGGUGCGGUGGGCGGGAUCACGUUCACGUUCACCAACCGGUGCGGCGGCACGGUGUGGCCGGGGGUGCUGGCCAACUCCGGGAGCUCGGCGCUGCAGACGACGGGGUUCGAGCUGGGCCCCGGGGAGACGCGGUCGCUGGCGGCGCCGUCCGGGUGGUCGGGCCGGUUCUGGGCGCGCACGGGGUGCGCGUUCGACGCGUCGUCGGGCAAGGGCGCGUGCGCCACGGGGGACUGCGGGUCGGGCGAGGUGGAGUGCCGGGGCAGGGGCGCGGCACCGCCGGCGACGCUGGCGGAGUUCACGCUGGGCGGCGGCGGCGGCAAGGACUACUACGACGUGAGCCUUGUGGACGGCUACAACCUGCCCAUGGUGGUGGAGGCGGCGGCGCCCGGCUGCCCCGUGACGGGCUGCCUGGUGGACCUCAACGAGCGCUGCCCCGCGGAGCUCCGCGCCGGCGGCCAGGCGCAGGCGUGCCGCAGCGCGUGCGAGGCGUUCGGCACGCCCGAGUACUGCUGCAGCGGGCAGUUCGGCAACCCGGACACGUGCCGCCCCUCGGUGUACUCGCAGAUGUUCAAGGCGGCGUGCCCGCGCUCCUACAGCUACGCCUACGACGACGCCACCUCCACCUUCACCUGCGCCGCCACCGACUACUCCAUCACCUUCUGCCCCCCUCGCUCCGGCACGCCCAACAGUCAGAAGGCGACCAAGGAUCCCUUGCCGACGCCCAAGGACGUGCAGCUCGAGGGCGACUCGUGGCUGGCGAGCCUGGCCACCGGCGAGAUGGACGCCGCGACGUCGGCGGCGGCGGCGUCGUUGCUCCUCCAGGCCGCAUUAGCAGCGGCCGCAGUCGUUGUCUUGCUUGUAUGACCGGCCGGGAUUGGGCCUGCGUGGCAAGGCGGCGGCUCAAUGAUCGGCAGCCGGAGCGGCCGGAGUUGCUUUCGGAUUUAAAAACACGAUUGAUUGGAGCAGCUAGGAUGAGGACGGCGAAGCAUAUAUUCUU